CUCCACAGAAGUGGGAGCAGGUACCUGUCAGCAGUCUCCUGUACUAUCUGCAGUCUCUGGUUAUCUCCUGUACUGUCCGCAGUCUCUGAUCAUCUCCUGUACUGUCCGCAGUCUCUUUGUCAUCCCCUGCACUGUCCGCAGGCUCUGAUCAUCUCCUGUACUGUCCGCAGUCUCUUUGUCAUCCCCUGCACUGUCCGCAGUCUCUGGUCAUCCCUGUACUGUGUCCGCAGUCUCUGGUCAUCUCAUGUACUGUCCGCAGUCUCUGGUCAUCCCCUGUACUGUCAGCAGUCUCUGGUCAUCCCCUGUACUGUCUACAGUUUCUGGUCAUCCCCUGUACUGUCCGCAGUCUCUGGUCAUCCCCUGUACUGUCCGCAGUCUCUGGUCAUCUCCUGUACUGUCCGCAGUCUCUGGUCAUCCCCUGUACUGUCCGCAGUCUCUGGUCAUCUCCUGUACUGUCCGCAGUCUCUGGUCAUCCCCUGUACUGUCCGCAGUCUCUGGUCAUCUCCUGUACUGUCUGCAGUCUCUGGUCAUCCCCUG